CUAGAACUAGUCUGCAACAAAAGCUGCUCUAAAGGAAUCGUAGGAAUCAGAAAAUGAGUAACCCGCCAUGGUCGAUACUCCCAAUGGUUCUUCUGUCGCUGGGUGCUGUCAUCUCAAGUCCCAGCUUGUCGCCUCAACUACUCCACAAAGCGAUCUCCGGAAGAGACCCCAAACCACCUGGCGUUCUCAUCUUCCAUCCUGAGAUUCUCAAUGUCCUCGAAACGCUUUCGGUUUUAACAGGUGGUGAAACCCAAAAGGAGUUCAAUGGGUUAUAUGUUAGACCCCUUCCGAAAAUAAGUCAAAGAUUGGGGGUGAACCACACGCAUACUCUGCUCUUAAAAGAUGGCACUGAUGUACUCGAUUCCGGAAGAAGAGCCAUUGCUAAGCUGACCCAGCUGAAGUUCCUCGAUUUCACCUACCCAAGACGUAGUCUUUUUAAGUUUAAUGAGGCACUAAAGGAUACGCACCAGAGCUCCCACUUUCCCUCCAUCCUGCAGCGACGUAAAUUGAAUGGGGAUACCCAACUGAUGUCCAUCAGCACAGCCACAAUAACCGCUCAAUGGAUACGAAGCUUUGACCCCAGAAACUCCGGAUUACGGGUAUUUCAUAGCCAGCUCGAUGAACACGGAGGAGUUCGUCCGGUGGCCAUAGAUUCGAUGAUUAUAACGGGGUACUUCCUCUAUGAUCAAUUUGAUGGCCUGCAACUGCUGCACCUACCGCUGAAGAAAAACCUUACACUCCUAAUUCUCCUCAGUACCAAAGUCACCAAUAAGAAGUCCUAUAUGUUACCUAAUCAGUAUAACCCGCUCGAACUGCUAAAGAGAGGAAAGAAGGUGACCGUGAAAGUGCAGAUACCCAAGAUUGAGUUUGAAUAUCGGGUGGAACUUGUGCCCACAGCCCUCAACGAAAUGGGAAUUCAAAGGGUUCACAGGAAAGAUGCUGAUUUCAGCAGACUAACCUCUAGCAAAAUAAAGCUUUCCAGCAUGGUGCAUGCCACAUCUAUUCGAAUUGAUGAGUUCGGCAUUAAUGAGGAACCAUUUGAAGUCGACAUUAGGACAUAUCAAAAGGCAUUAAGAUCGAACCGGCAAUUCAUUGCCAAUCGCCCAUUCUUCUUCUCAGUUGUUACCCAGGAACAGGUCCUUUUCACUGGCGAGUUUCUAGGUCGCUAAGCAUGUUUUAUAAAAGUUCAUUUACUAAAUAACUAGUUUGACUAAGGAAUCAUAUUGAAAACCUAACAGUAAAUAUUAUAUGAGAAUUAGUUUUGCUUUGCAUAAAAUCUAAAUAGAAACUGAAACGAAUAGCAUUUA